AUGAAUGUCAUGGAAGCCAUAUGCAGUCUAAAGCCCAACAGAAUCGCCAGAAAGGCGCUUUACGACGUGGAGCAGAACGGUUGGAAAUUUCCCACCCCCGAUGAUCAGCUCCUGAUAUUGGAUCUCGUUAUCGUCGCAUACCUUCCCAACGAACAAGAUAUUAUCAUGGAUAGGAUUCAUUACGCUCUAGAUCACAUCGUCUACCCUCAAGAUAAGAUUCGGAUCAACGUAUUAUACAAUACACCCAAACCUAUCGAACCCCUCGAAUCUCAAAUGAACGAUCUCGCCGCGAAGAUUACUCGAUUGAGAAUAAUCAAAGUACCAGACUCUACCUCUAAAGCACAUAAUCUUAAUCAUUUUUUUACCUUAUAUACUGGAGCACAGAUCAUCGCCUUAUUCGAUUGCGAUCACUACACGCAUCCUUAUGGACCACGAUGGGCUGUCGAGCGAUUCCUCGCUGAUGACGAGAUUGAUUGCGUGCAAGGACGAUGUGUGAUACAGAACUCCAAGGCUACAUUUUUGACUGGUAUGAUCGCUGUAGAGUUCGACAAGAUCUAUGCUACCUCACACCCUGGUCGAGCUGCGUUAUUCGGCUAUGGUCUAUUUACCGGCUCCAACGGCUACUGGCGCUCAAGUCUUCUCCGUGAUCUGAAGAUGGACGCUAGCAUGUUAACAGAGGACAUUGAUUCAGCACUACGCGCCCUAGAGCAGGGCGCCGUCUGUGUCCAUGAGCCCAAUGUCCUCUCCAUACAAGAAGUCUCCGCACAAGAAAAGGAAUCUUCUGACCCGAUUUGGUUUACUGUCACUGCUGUUAAUCCGAAAAUUGAGUUAUUAUCUGGUUUCGCAAUAUACUUGCCUGAUGAUGAGUUUUCUCAUAACUGGGUUUCCCAAGACGGGAAACGAGCUGAAGAACCUCAUUUUCUUUGA